GCUUGGCGCCUGCGGCGGCGCGCGAGGACUCGGAGGUACCGGGCGCGCGCGGCUCCAGCUCCGGACGCCUCGGGCUCGGGCUGCGGCUGCUGCAGCGGCGCCCGCGCUCCGGUGCGUCGGCCUCCUGGGCCCGCCACGGAGCGCAGUCCGCGCGCCCGCCGUGCGCCCUCCACCCACUUUCCCUGAUCCCGUGGCAAUGGGAGCUGCGCGGGGAUCCGGGGCCAGCCCCCGCCCGCUGCCUCUGCUCAGCGUCCUGCUGCUGCCGCUGCUGGGCGGUACCCAGGCAGCCAUGGUCUUCAUCAAGGAGCCAUCCUCCCAGGAUGCACUGCAGGGGCGUCGGGCACUCCUCCGCUGUGAGGUUGAAGCUCCCGGCCCAGUGCACGUGUACUGGCUACUCAACGGGGUCCCUGUCCAGGACACCGAGCGGCGUUUUGCCCAAGGCAGUAGCCUGAGCUUUGCAGCUGUGGACCGGCUGCAGGACUCUGGGGCCUUCCAGUGUGUGGCUCGGGAUGACAUGACUGGAGAAGAAGCCCUGAGUGCUAAUGCCACCUUCAACAUCAAAUGGAUUGAGGCAGGUCCCGUGGUCCUGAAGCAUCCAGCCUCAGAAGCUGAGAUCCAGCCGCAGACCCAGGUCACGCUUCGCUGUCACAUUGAUGGGCACCCUCGGCCCACCUACCAAUGGUUCCGAGAUGGGAACCCCCUCUCUGAUGGUCAGAGCAACCACACAGUCAGCAGCAAGGAGCGGAACCUGACCCUCCGGCCGGCCAGUCCCGAGCACAGUGGCCUCUAUUCCUGUUGUGCCCACAAUGCUUUCGGCCAGGCCUGCAGCAGCCAGAACUUCACCUUGAGCAUUGCUGAUGAAAGCUUUGCCAGGGUGGUGCUGGCACCCCAGGACGUUGUUGUGGCAAAGAACGAGGAGGCUAUGUUCCAUUGUCAGUUCUCAGCCCAGCCACCCCCAAACCUGCAGUGGGUCUUUGAGGAUGAGACUCCCAUCACUAACCGCAGUCGUCCCCCACACCUCCGCAGAGCUACGGUGUUUGCCAAUGGGUCCCUGCUGUUGACCCAGGUCCGGCCUCGCAACGCAGGGGUCUACCGCUGCAUCGGCCAGGGGCAGAGAGGCCCACCCAUCACUCUGGAAGCCACUCUUCACCUGGCAGAGAUUGAAGACAUGUUGCCAUUCGAGCCACGGGUGUUCACAGCCGGCAGUGAGGAGCAUGUGGUCUGCCUGGCACCUCAAGGUCUGCCAGAGCCCAGUGUAUGGUGGGAGCAUGCCGGAGUCCGGUUGCCUGCCCAUGGCAGGGUCUACCAGAAGGGCCAUGAGCUGGUGUUUACCAUUACUGCUGAGACUGAUGCUGGUGUCUACACCUGCCAUGCAGCCAACCUGGCUGGUGAGCGGCGACAGGAUGUCAACAUCACUGUGGCCACUGUGCCCACAUGGCUAAAGAAGCCCCAAGACAGCCAACUGGAAGAGGGCAAACCAGGCUAUUUGCAUUGCUUGACCCAGGCCACACCUAAACCCACAGUCAUCUGGUACAGGAGCCAGAUGCUCAUCUCAGAGGACCCACGAUUUGAGGUCUCCAAGAACGGAACCUUGCGCAUUAACAGUGUGGAAGUGUAUGACGGGACAUGGUAUCGCUGCGUCAGCAGUACCCCAGCUGGCAGCAUCGAGGCCCAAGCCCGUGUCCAAGUGCUGGAAAAGCUCAAGUUCACACCACCACCCCAGCCACAGCAGUGCAUGGAGUUUGAUAAAGAAGCCACGGUGCCCUGCUCAGCCACUGGCCGAGAGAAACCCACAAUUAAGUGGGUAAGGGCAGAUGGGAGCAGUCUCCCCGAGUGGGUGACAGACAAUGCCGGAACCCUACACUUUGCCCGAGUGACCCGAGAUGAUGCUGGCAACUACACCUGCAUUGCCUCCAACGGGCCACAAGGCCAGAUCCGUGCCCAUGUCCAGCUCACUGUUGCAGUUUUCAUCACCUUCAAGGUGGAGCCAGAACGCACAACUGUGUAUCAGGGGCACACGGCCCUACUACGGUGCGAGGCCCAGGGAGACCCCAAACCACUCAUUCAGUGGAAGGGCAAAGACCGUAUCCUGGACCCCACCAAGCUAGGACCCAGGAUGCACAUCUUCCAGAAUGGCUCUCUGGUGAUCCAUGAUGUGGCGCCCGAGGACUCAGGCCGCUACACCUGCAUUGCAGGCAACAGUUGCAACAUCAAACACACGGAGGCUCCCCUCUACGUCGUGGACAAGCCAAUGCUGGACGAGAACUCAGAUGGCCUGGGAAGCCCUCCCCCAUACAAGAUGAUCCAGACCAUCGGGCUGUCGGUGGGUGCCGCUGUAGCCUACAUCAUCGCUGUGCUGGGCCUCAUGUUCUACUGCAAAAAGCGCUGUAAAGCCAAGCGGUUGCAGAAGCAGCCAGAGGGCGAGGAGCCAGAGAUGGAGUGCCUCAACGGUGGGCCUUUGCAGAAUGGGCAACCCUCAGCAGAGAUCCAAGAGGAAGUGGCUUUGACCAGUCUGGGCUCCGGCACCUCGGCCACCAACAAGCGUCAUAGCACUAGUGAUAGGAUGCACUUCUCUCGGGCCAGCCUGCAGCCCAUCACCACACUGGGGAAAAGCGAGUUUGGGGAGGUGUUCCUGGCGAAGGCGCAGGGCCUGGAGGAGGGCGUGGCAGAAUCCCUGGUGCUUGUGAAGAGCCUUCAAAGCAAGGAUGAGCAGCAGCAGCUGGACUUCCGGAGGGAGUUUGAGAUGUUUGGGAAGCUGAACCAUGCCAAUGUGGUGCGGCUUCUGGGGCUGUGCCGGGAGGCCGAGCCCCACUACAUGGUGCUGGAGUAUGUGGACUUGGGAGAUCUCAAACAGUUCCUGAGGAUUUCCAAGAGCAAGGAUGAAAAAUUGAAGUCACAGCCCCUCAGUACCAAGCAGAAGGUGGCCCUGUGCACCCAGGUGGCCCUGGGCAUGGAGCACCUGUCCAACAAUCGUUUCGUGCACAAGGACUUGGCUGCUCGCAACUGCCUGGUCAGUGCCCAGAGACAGGUGAAGGUGUCAGCUCUGGGCCUCAGCAAGGAUGUGUACAACAGUGAGUACUACCACUUCCGCCAGGCCUGGGUGCCACUGCGCUGGAUGUCCCCUGAGGCCAUCCUGGAGGGUGACUUCUCCACCAAGUCUGACGUCUGGGCCUUUGGUGUGCUGAUGUGGGAAGUGUUCACUCAUGGAGAGAUGCCCCAUGGUGGGCAGGCAGAUGAUGAAGUGCUGGCAGAUUUGCAGGCUGGGAAGGCUCGACUUCCGCAGCCCGAGGGCUGCCCUUCCAAGUUCUACCGGCUGAUGCAGCGCUGCUGGGCCCCCAGCCCCAAGGACCGGCCUUCCUUCAGUGAGAUUGCCAACACCCUGGGAGACAGCCCGGCAGACAGCAAGCUGUGAGGAGAGAGCCCCGCAGGCUGUGCCUCAGGAUGGCGUGGGCAGGAGAGGAUACCUCUUGAGGGGAGCCUGCAGCAUGAUGGGCAAGACCCCUUUCCUCCUCAGCCCUGGGGUCCCUGCCCUAGCACAGCAGACAUUGCCAAGGUCUGGGCAGUGCCUGGGCUUUUCUCUUCCUCCCCCUUAGCCCUGGGAGAGGCUGAUUGGGACCCAGACCAGGUGUCUCAGGCCUUGGGCUGGGCAUCUUUCUUUGCCACCCCUUCCCUCAUGAGGGACAGUGUGGGUGCCUCAGGUAACCCCAAUUUCUGGCCUGUGACUUAUCCUUUUGGUCAGGUCCAGCUCUGCCGCUCAUCUGCCAACUUUGUCUGGGGAGGGCUAGUCUGGGGAUGAGCUGGGUUUGGGGGAUCCUAAAUAUUACUCAAGUUCCAGGCUAACUCUGGGCACAUGGGGCCAACCAGUCUCUUGGCCUACAGGUUCCACUUGGGGGUCUAGACCAUGAUGUUGGAGGACACAGCAAGUGAGUCCUCUCCACUGUGGGCUUGUGCACACUAACCCAGACCCAUGCUUUUCCCCGCUCUUCUCUCCUUUCCUCAUCCUAAGUGCCUGGCAGAUGAAGGAGUUUUCAGGAGCUUUUGACACUAUAUAACCCGCCCUUUUUGUAUGCACCAUGGGCGGUUUUUGUAUGUAAUUGCAGCGUGGGGCGGGUGGGCAUGGGACGUAGGGGUGGGCCCUAGAGGAGGGGAUGGUGGGCCACUCCUGCCUCUCACUUUUAUUGUUGUUGUUGUUGUUUGUUUGUUUUGUGGGGUUUUUUGUUUUGUUUUGUUUUUACACUUGCUGUUCUCAAUAAAGAAGCCUUUUUUACA